AUGUACCAGAGCCUGCUCGAAAUGGAGCGGAAGCUCGACUGGACAAUAACGAGGAAAAGGAUGGAGAUUCAGGACACCUUAUCGCGUAAUCCUAGUACUACGCGAACUUUGAGGAUAUUUGUUAGUCACACAGUAUCUGGACAAUCAUGGCAGGCCGGUACAGAGAGUGACAAUCUGACGCACUCAGAGACGGGCGAGAACAUUCCAGCUUGGCAGCUCAAGAUUGAAGGAAGGCUAUUGGAGGCACGCAUCAUUCUGACGUUUUUACAGCUUCCUCAAAGAGGCAAGGAUAAAGGUCCUCCGCGAAAAUUUUCAACGUUCAUAAAGAGAAUGAUGGUGGAAUUCGAUCGCGACACGAAUGUCUAUCCGGAAAACAAUAUUGUUGAGUGGCCACGAGCCACUGGACACCACAAUCCUCCUUUAGAUGGUUUUACCGUACGACGCACGGGCGAUGUACCUACUCAUAUCCGCAUAGUCAUGUAUCUCGACCAUUAUCCUGAACAGUAUCGCCUCAAUCCGGAUCUGAGUAGCGUACUCGGAAUCAAGGAGGAAAGCCUUCUAGGCGUCGUACAGGCCUUGUGGAAUUAUAUCAAAAUCCAAGGUCUUCAAGACAAGGCUGACAGGCGACUCGUUCGUUCCGACGAAAGACUCAGAGCGAUAUUCGGUGUCGAAACGAUACCAUUUCAAAAGCUGCCGGAAUAUGUGAAAAGACUCCUCUCACCACCUGAUCCUAUCCUUCUGCAUUACUCGUUUGACCCUUCUCUACCUGUCGUUGAACCAGAACGCCCUACAGCAUGGGAUGUAGAAAUCAAAAUGGAGGACGCGGCUUUGAAAAAUAGGAUGGGGGUUAUGUUGCACACCAACAAAGAAACCUCUGUCACAUUGGCAAAGAUGGACGAAGAGAUCGCUCUACUCGCUCAGUCUUUACAUAACUCCCACCUCAAACGAACAUUCCUUCAGUCUUUCGCCGACGAUCCAGCUAAAUUUAUUCAAACAUGGCUUGAAUCGCAAUCCAGAGACUUGGAAAGUGUGCUGGGCGCUGGUGCUUCAGAAGGGCUGACUCUUCGCCAAGAAGAGCUACGUCGAAGUGAAUUUUUUCGCUUACCAUGGGUUGAAGAGGCUGUGUCUGUUCAAGAAGGUCUUCGCCUGGCUUCGAAGGGCAUGUAA